AUGACACCCAGCCCGCCCUCGCCCGGCCGGCCUCGCGCAGGCAAAGAGUGCCCGACGCCACACCUGAAUGCGACACGUGAGCUCGCGGACCGCGUCCAGAGUCUGAUCAAGGAAGGAUAUGUGGAGAUCGAUGGACAUGAGCUGGAUAUUGCAACCGUGGUGGCUGUUUCAAGGUUUGACUGCAAGCCGUUUAUUAAGAGAACUCCAAAGCUCCAGGAGAACGUUGAAGCAGGACGGGACAUCUUGAACGCUCAUAUCGAUCGCGGAAGCAAGCUUUAUGGCAUCAACACCGGCUUUGGAGGCAGCGCGGACCUUCGUACUAACGAGAUGCUGGCUCUCCAGCGGGCGCUGAUUCAACAUCAACAAUCCGCCGUCCUCACUCCACGAGACCUUGCAGCAGAAGGCGGUGAUCACCAGGAGACUAGCUCGCAUUCUAUGCCUUCUGCCUGGGUCAAGGGCGCCAUGCUGAUAAGAUGCAACACCAACAUUCGCGGUCACUCCGCCAUCGCCCUGCAAAUCGCCGACACUCUUGUGGAAUUCGUCCGGAGAGACAUGACGCCCAUCGUUCCCCUCAGAGGGUCCAUCUCCGCGUCCGGGGAUCUCAUGCCACUCUCAUACCUCGCCGGGGCUUUGCAAGGCAACCCUGACACAUUUGUCCGGACUGGGAAAGGGAGGAACUUCAAGGUGAUAAACGCUCGAGAUGCAUUCGAAGAAAUCCAGCGCUUGAACCAGGAAGAUGAAGCGAAGCAUGGCAAGCAGCUGGUCCAUGGCACAAGCAUCGAGUACGCACCCAUCGUCCUCGGACCCAAGGAAGGGCUAGCAUUGGUCAAUGGGACUGCGCCUUCCGCUACCGUCGCGUGCCUUGCGUUGUACGAGACGAACCAGCUUGCAGUUCUCUCACAGCUCAUCACAUGCCUCAUGUCCGAAGCUCUGGCCGGGAACGUCGAAUGGACGAACCCGUACAUCGCAGAAACCCGUCCUCAUCCCGGUCAGAUUGAAGUCUCGCAGAACCAGCGCUCUUUCUUCAACGGCUCCAAGCUCGUCGAGGGCCUCGACAGUGUGAGUCGGCGCAUGGAAGGGAUCGUGCAGGAUCGCUAUUCCACAAGAACAUCGUCCCAAUGGGUGGGUCCGUUGUUGGAAGACCUGCUUCAUGCGUCCGAGCAAUUGAAGAUCGAACUGAACUCGACCACCGACAACCCCAUUGUCAAUCUCAAGACCCGCGAGGUCCACUGCGGAGGCAACUUCCAGGCCACGGUGGUGACCAUGGUUUCAGAGAAGAUCAGACUCUGCCUGCAGAUGAUGGGCAAGAUGCUGUUCGCGCAGACGAGCGAGCUGAUCAAUCCGGCCUACAACAAUGGUCUGCCACCGAACCUGGCCGCAGAUAACCCCAGUCUCUCCUUCUUCGCCAAAGGCAUCGACAUCAACAUGGCAGCAUAUCAGUCGGAGCUGGCAUUUCUGGCCAACCCAGUCAGUUCUCACGUGCAGUCGGCCGAGAUGCACAAUCAGGGGGUCAACUCGCUCGCCUUGGUUUCAGCCCGUUAUUCGAUGCAGAGCGUUGAAAUUGUGCAGCUGAUGUCGGCGUCGGCCAUCUACAUUGGGCUCCAGGGUGUUGACCUUCGUACCAUGCACGAGACCUUCCUGGCGCAAUUCAAGGCCAUUGCCGAAGCCAAGAUCCACCUUUUCUUUAGAUACUGGGUCGGAGAUAUUGAGAUGCAGCCUCUGACCGACGCGAUCUGGGAUUCAAUUCGUAAGACCUGGUACGCCACCGCCAGCAGCGACGUCGAGGACCGAUGCAAGAGUGUCGCAAAUGCCACCCUGGAGCCGAUCUUAAGCUGUCUAUACCAAGUUGGCCAUCACCACCAACUCGGCCACCAAUUUCUCCAGGAGCGCUUUGUCCGGGAGCACAAAAAUUGGAUAGAAGCGCUGCAGAAGGGCAUGCACGACGCGUUUCUGCUCCACCGCGCCAGCUUCUUCGACCGCCCCACCACGCCCGAGUACCUGGGCAGAGGCACCAAGGCGCUGUACCGCUUUGUACGGGGGGAGCUGGGCGUGCCAUUGCACCGCGGCCACAUCGAAGAUCCUGUGAUAUGGAACAGUCUGGAUGAGCGGCCGGUCAAGACGAUCGGGUCGUGGAUUUCUGUCAUUUAUGAGGCACUGAGAGAUGGAAGGCUGUACUGGCACCAGGGUCACUUACGGCGAUGCAAGAUUGCUUUUGAAUGCAUGAAAGCUGCCUAUGAUGCCGGAAUCAACUUCUUUGACUGCGCUGAAGGUUAUGCCGAGGGCAAAUCUGAGGUGGUCAUGGGCAAGGCUAUCAAGAAAUAUGGAUGGAAACGCAAUGACCUGGUCAUCUCGACCAAGAUCUACUGGGGCCAGGCCCACGGAGACAACCGGGUUAAUACAUUCCAUCCAUAUUUCUUGAUGCAUCGUCCAGACAGACACACUCCAAUCGAGGAAACCGUCCGAGCCAUGAACUAUAUCAUCAACACCGGAAAAGCAUUUUACUGGGAAACAAGCGAGUGGAACAGUGAGGAGAUCGCCAUGGCUUGGGCUUGUGCAGAGAGACUCAACUUGAUCGGACCUGUCAUGGAGCAACCGGAGUAUAGCAUGCAGCCCAUUCAAGUCAAGCAGCUGAAGCCGGUGGCGGACAAACUGGGCACUGACCAGGCAACCCUGGCGUUGGCUUGGGUCUUGAAGAAGCCGCGGGUGAGCUCGGCCAUCACUGGAGCAUCAAAGGUUGAGCAGAUUACGAAAUCUAUACAGGCUUUGGAUCUGGGUACCAAGUUAGACGACGCCAACACUGCCAUCAAGGAGGUUGUAGUUAGAUAA